AUGUCUGCAUAUAAAGAAAAUUAUAGGAAGAAGAGUGAGAAUUUUUUAAGUCCUAACAAAUAUAAUCAUGAUAAUCAUAAUACUGAAAAUAUUAAUGAUAACAAUAAUAAUCAUGAAAUUUGUAAGCAUAACAAUAAUAUCAACAAUGAUAUAAAUGAAAAUGAAAAUCUAAAUAACAAUGUCAACCAUAGUAACAGUGAUGGUAACAGUGAUAAUAAAGUCGCAAGAAUGUCCAGUCAACCUAAAGAUCAAAUAUGGGAGAAAUUUGAAAUAAUUUAUUAUG